AUGCAGUGGGCGUUGACAAGACGCCGCAUAAAAUCCACAGAAGUUCAACAGACGCUUCACAAACAUCAGGUGAGUAUUCAUGCCCAAAGUACGUUGUGGCUCUCAAAGGCACAGGCGGUUAACCACUACCGCCUCCAGUGCCACGGAGGAGUACCUAUAACAGUAGAAAGUCUUGAAAAGCGCACCAUCUUCUCCCUUGCCGAGUACUCCCCAAACGAGAGGAAGGCUCUGUUAAGUAUGCAGCCACCCCCAGCCAGUAGUGGGAGUAGGUGGCUGCUCCUGAAACAUGCCAGCUCUGAUUCCUCGACGGUUGUGUGGAGUGCUGCGACGCUGAAGCAGUACUUUCAAGCCUCUCUGUUUUCCCCCAUGGAGGAGACAAGCCCACAGGCGCUGCUGGUGGACGCGGGUGUGGCACUUCCAUCGUCCCCGUCACGCACAGUAUUUCUUUUCAACGCGCAAGAAACGUCUAAUCCAUUUCUGGUUGAUGACACCCUUCAUCACACGCACUACAUUACAGGUGCACCCUUUCCCCACAUUCUUGCCAGCGCACUCUCGACGCUGUGGUCGCAGUUCGGGUACACCUCGCUUAGCUGGGUCCCCGCUGACGAGAUGCUUCACCUGGAUGGAAUCACUCUCAAGAAAGGAGAGGAGCCGCACCAGGUGUUUGACUUGGAGCCCGUAGAUUUGGUUCACAUCCACCAAAUAAACAGCGAAAAACAAAAGGAGAUUCUGCAUGCGGCUCCUCGGUGGGCGCUUUUGCGCUCGCUGAACAGGCCAGUUAUUUUUUUCAAGGGACGCUGGCUGACAUGGCGUCAAAUGAACCUCAGCGAGGAUAUGAGGGUCAAAGCGGGUGGAGCAGUAGCACCCAAUCGUCGGCUGGAGGGCGUAGCAGCCAACACACAUCAAAUUUGGCUGUCCUGCGACGACAACACUCUCCUCACGGGCCUACCCCAACGCCGUCACAUUGUGCACAGACGGUACUUUUACAACUCUUCACAGUUUCUAUUGUAA